CCCACUUGAUUUGCAUCUCCUUCUUCCUUUCCUGUCCAUUCUUUUCUCCUUUCCCCUUUUCUCUUUACUUUCAGAGAUGAAGUUUUAUGCUGAAUAAUCUUUAUGGUUUAUCGAUCCAUCAGAAUUUCAGAGAAAGGAAGGAUAAUUCUCCUCGUUUGAAUGCCCUCUGAAAUCUUACUGAAUAUAUUUUCUUACUUGGAUGUGGUAUCCUUGCUGUGCGUUGGAUGUGUGAACAGACGCUUUUAUCAUUUGACCAGUGACAAUCUUAUUUGGGUCAAAAUCUACUCAACUGCAUUUUCAUCAAAAAGACGAUAUUGGAAGCUUACUUCCGUGGAGGAAACAGCCACAUGUGUGAGCUUACUGUCAGUUGAGGAUAAAGAAGUUGGAUACUGGAAGAAAGAAUAUAUCACAAGGCAGAUCUCAUCUUUGAAAUCAGCACUUGCCCACAUUAUCAUGCCUGUCAACCCUUACACAGGUCUUCCUGUGAAAACCAAAGAGGCCCUCAGAGUAUUUGGCUUAGGUUGGGCAAUUAUCUUAAGAGAAAAAAAUGGAAAAGAAUACAUCAUGCGGCAUGCUGAUCAUUCUGUAAAUGAUACAUCUGUCACAGUUGUGUGGUAUGACAAAAAUUGGCCACAUUUAGCCACAUUGUCCACCCUGAAUUUGUAUGGUGUGACACCACUUUUUAUGGACCAGUAUUUAACCCCUGAUCCAAACAGUCCUCGAUGGCUGUCUUUAAUUGGAAAGUAUGACCUGAGUAAUUUAAGUGAGUCUACUAUGAUGGGCUGCGAUGGACUUAUUCGGAUAUUCUGCCUAAAUCCUGGCCUCCUAGUGGGGCUGUGGCAGAAGGAGGACAAUCUUGCUUUUGUCAUGGCAAAUCUUCAUUUCCAUCACCUUGUGGAGAGGAGCACAUUGGGCUCAGCCACUCUUCCCUAUAUGCUUCCUCCCCACAGUCCACUUGUGGAUGACAGCCCAGAGUAUGGACUGCAAGGCUAUCAGAUGCACAUUGACAUGCAUGGUGUUGGGAUUUUCUACCUGUGUAGUACCUUUCGCAAUCUCUUCUCCAGGAGAGAGUGCAUUGAGAAUGGAUAUGUGAAGUUCGUGGUGAUAAGUUUAAAAAAUAACAGAGAACACCUACCUCUUAUUGGAAAAGUUGGCCUUGCAUGGAGAACUAAUGUUUUUGAUGGCUUUAUUGAGAGUUGCUUUGUAGUGGAUGUGACCCUUCUGGAUGAGCACAGGAAGCCCUUUUGGUGUGUGAGUUCUCCAGUAUGCAUGAGAUCUCCUGCCUACCCCUCCGAUGGUCCUAGUUUCCUGGGGAACACUUACUAUGUCGACUACAUGGACAAAGAAGGAGGAGUGCACGCAGAGCUAGUGUGGAUCGAAGAGACUGAAGAGUACUUCAUUGUCAGCCUGGUCCUUUACCUCAGUGUAGCAAAAAUAAACCAUUGGUUUGGGACAAAAUACUGAGUUUUAGCAGUAGGGAACAAAGUCUUGUUACUAGUAAGUUGUUUGUUUUUUACAUCUUUGUUUUUAUUGAAAGUUAAAAUAAAGCAUAUAUACAUGGCAGUCUGUCUGGUGCCUUCUUAUUUCCCAUACAAAUUAUGGUUUGUGACUACAGUGUUUAGAGGAUUAAACUUUUGAUAGAGCGUGCCCCAGUGCAGAGCCAUAUAAGACAAAAAGAAACAGAAAUACUUGGCAGUCUUCCUAACUAAGCACAUGGUCAUGUGGUCUGUGUGGAUGUGUACACAGUAAGUGGAGGGAGCAAGCAUGACUUCAGAACGGGGCCCGACUUAGGAGAUGCUAAGGAGCAGCUGUGGAAGGUGAGGCAGGGCCUUAGAUAAGACCCAGUCUUUCCAGUAUUCCUUUCCUGAUUCUAUGUGUUGGCAUAUGGUGGGUCUGAGCGAAGGGCAAAUAGGGUAUCUUUGGCAUACUUUUGCAAACAAAAAUACAUAAUUAUUCCAAGAUGAAAGGUUAACAGUAAAAACUAACAUUGUGUCACUGUCUCCCUCAUGUCCUCUGACCUAGGAUGACUUUGUCUGCUUGCCUUGACUGUGGGUUUUCCACUAGAGCCUUGUUCUUUGCCAUCAGUGGCUGGCCAGGGCUGUGCUGAGACAUAGCUACCAGCUUGCCACAUCAUGGCACUGGGGCAGUGCCCUGAAAUGAGUAUUACAUGAGAGUAUUGGAGACACCUGAGUAUCCAUGUGAUGGGGGCGGUCUUCUAUGGGCUUUCAGCUUCUUCAUUAGAUGGUGUCUGCCCCUUAGGAGUCUGGGGUGUGCAAGAGAAGGUCUCAUGAAAGGAGUGGAGAGGCAUUUGCUGUGGAAACCUGGGUUUUUGGAAGGGAGUAGCGUGUCCAGAUAGACUUGUACUGUACUCAUUAGAGCAGAAGCCCUUGGGUAUUUUGCUUUGUUUUCUACAUUGAAUAUGAAAUGUAUUUAUUCUAGUUAUAUUAC